UCUCAACUCCUAGUGGUGCACAGGCUCGGGCUUAGAGGGGGUAGAAGUAAUGACGCCAAUACCUACACCCCCUUCAGUGUGAUAUAAACGGAUCAGCAUCAGUGGACAGUCUUUUCUGCGUCGGACGUGGACUUCAGCCGUAGAUUCAGUUUCCUGUUCUAGGAAUUCCGCGACAGCGUCUCCUGAUUCACACCGUCGGCGAUGGGAAAGGAAAAGCUGCACAUCAACAUCGUGGUGAUCGGCCACGUGGACUCCGGCAAGUCCACCACCACCGGGCACCUCAUCUACAAGUGCGGGGGCAUCGACAAGCGCACCAUCGAGAAGUUCGAGAAGGAGGCGGCCGAGAUGGGCAAGGGCUCCUUCAAGUACGCCUGGGUGCUGGACAAGCUGAAGGCCGAGCGGGAGCGCGGCAUCACCAUCGACAUCUCCCUGUGGAAGUUUGAGACCAGCAAGUACUACGUGACCAUCAUCGACGCCCCCGGGCACAGGGACUUCAUCAAGAACAUGAUCACGGGCACGUCCCAGGCGGACUGCGCGGUGCUGAUCGUGGCGGCGGGGGUGGGCGAGUUCGAGGCGGGCAUCUCGAAGAACGGGCAGACGCGGGAGCACGCCCUGCUGGCCUACACGCUGGGCGUCAAGCAGCUCAUCGUGGGCAUCAACAAGAUGGACUCCACCGAGCCCAACUACAGCCAGAAGCGCUACGAGGAGAUCGUCAAGGAAGUCAGCACCUACAUCAAGAAGAUCGGCUACAACCCUGACACGGUGGCCUUCGUGCCCAUCUCCGGCUGGAACGGGGACAACAUGCUGGAGUCCAGCCCAAACAUGACCUGGUUUAAGGGGUGGAAGAUCACACGGAAGGACGGCAACGCGUCCGGCACCACCCUCCUGGAGGCCCUGGACGCCAUCCAGCCCCCGACCCGCCCCACUGACAAACCCCUCCGCCUGCCCCUGCAGGACGUCUACAAAAUCGGAGGAAUCGGGACCGUCCCCGUGGGCCGCGUGGAGACGGGGCUGCUGAAGCCCGGCAUGGUGGUGACCUUCGCCCCCGUCAACGUGACGACGGAGGUGAAGUCGGUGGAGAUGCACCACGAGGCGCUGACCGAGGCGCUGCCGGGCGACAACGUGGGCUUCAACGUCAAGAACGUCUCCGUCAAGGACAUCCGCCGCGGCAACGUGGCCGGGGACAGCAAGAACGACCCGCCCCAGGAGGCCGCCAACUUCACCGCGCAGGUGAUCAUCCUGAACCACCCGGGCCAGAUCAGCGCCGGCUACGCCCCGGUGCUGGACUGCCACACCGCCCACAUCGCCUGCAAGUUCGCCGAGCUCAAGGAGAAGAUCGACCGCCGCUCGGGCAAGAAGCUGGAGGACAACCCCAAGUCGCUCAAGUCCGGCGACGCCGCCAUCGUGGACAUGGUCCCGGGGAAGCCCAUGUGUGUGGAGAGCUUCUCUGAGUACCCCCCUCUCGGGCGCUUUGCGGUUCGCGACAUGCGCCAGACCGUGGCGGUCGGUGUGAUCAAGGGCGUGGAGAAGAAGGCGGCCACCACCGGCAAGGUCACCAAGUCGGCCCAGAAGGCCCAGAAGGCCAAAUGAACGUUGUGCUGGGCUGCCGACCCCCGAGCAACCAAUGGCAGGACAGCAAACUCCCGACGCUUCUCUCCGAUUGGCCGGUUAAGCUCCAUAGUCAAGGACUGGUUAAUUACUACAAUGCAUCGCAAAAGUAUCAGGAGGAAAAAAAAAUAACGGUAGUGAUAUCCAUAAAUAAAUAAUGUGGGAUCUGUACGGUUCUUUUUGUUUUUGUUUUUUUGUUUUUUGGUGUUCACUAAAUGCAUAUUGCUAGUCUUAAGUGUGUACUUCUGCUUUGGUUCUGCAAUUUUGACAAUAAGCACCAUGUUCGAGAGUCAGAACAGCCCAUUGUAGUGUAAGCAAACACAUGGCUGUUGUCUCCUUAAUGUCUGCUACUGUGUUGCAGUCCACAUUUUGUCCUGCUUUUAGAGUUUAAACAGACCAGGUGUUUGUGCACUGCUGAUUGUCACUAAAAAAAACUUUCAGUAAAGAAAUGAUGCAUUUGUGUUUUAGCUUUAAGGAAAAAAAAGAACUUGGGAUUUUUUCCCCCUGAUCUGUGUUGUGGGUGCAUGCAUGAAGCACAUCUGCACUGUAUUUGCUCGAGGCUUCACCUGGCAUUUUAAUUGGCAGAUGUGUUCACCCGCUGUUGAACUCUUGCGCUUUAAUUUCCAUUGGCUCCUGUACCUUACUGUUCUCCGUGGGUAACAAGCUUUUCUAUUCUACAUUAAAGAUGUUCCAACAGUUGA